AUGUCUCUCACUUUUAUAAUCUCUGUUUUCGUCAUUCUUCUUUUUUUUCCCCCUCUUUUGUUUAAUGGCAGCGUUUGGAUUGUUUCUUUUCUUCCUGCUUUCCUGGAAACACGGAAGAAGGAGAAACGAGAAAACAAGCAAGUCAGUUGGAAGUGGCCACCCAACGAAUUUAUACACAUAUAUGUGCUUUUCUCUCUCUCUCUCUCUCUCUCUCUCUCUCUCUCUCUCUCUCUCUCUCUCUCUCACAAACACACUAUAAUUCCUCUUUUCUUUUCUCCCAUUCACAUCUCCCCCAUUCUCUAUGCCUUUAAUUCUUUUUACCUCUUUUUCCUUUCAAAUCUCUAUUAUUCCCUACUCCUUCAAUUGUCUUUCUUUUCCAUCCUGAUGCCAUCAAUUCUUCCCUUUUUUCUCUAUUUCUCUUUUUUUUACUACUUUUUUCUCUUUCACUCCUUACCUUACAUCUUUCUAAUCUCCUCACCUGCCUUUCUCAUCAACAGCACUUUACUCCAAUCCCUCACCUCACCUCCUGUUACCUCCUUUCACUCUUAUCUCUUUUUCCUUUCUUUCAUCCUUUCGUAUUAA